GCAGCAAACUUCUCACAAUAGACUCCUAAAGGUCCCUGUGUGAGAGUUGACUCUGACAGAACUGUCUGUCUUUCCUCGUCUCUUUCUUACGCUCCAUCAGCGCAGCUCUUAAAAAUGCGUGAGUGCAUCUCUGUCCAUGUCGGCCAGGCUGGUGUCCAGAUUGGCAAUGCCUGCUGGGAGCUCUACUGCCUGGAGCACGGGAUCCAGCCGGACGGCCAGAUGCCCAGUGACAAGACCAUCGGAGGUGGCGACGACUCCUUCAACACCUUCUUCAGCGAGACCGGAGCGGGCAAGCAUGUCCCGAGAGCUGUCUUCGUAGACCUGGAGCCCACAGUCAUUGAUGAGGUGCGCACUGGAACCUACCGCCAGCUGUUCCACCCUGAGCAGCUCAUCACUGGCAAGGAGGAUGCUGCCAACAACUACGCCCGUGGGCACUACACCAUUGGCAAAGAGAUCAUCGACCUGGUGCUGGACAGGAUCCGCAAACUGGCUGACCAGUGCACAGGUCUGCAGGGCUUCCUGGUCUUCCACAGCUUUGGAGGUGGUACCGGUUCUGGUUUCACCUCUCUGCUGAUGGAACGCCUGUCUGUCGACUAUGGCAAGAAGUCCAAGCUGGAGUUCUCCAUCUACCCAGCUCCCCAGGUGUCCACAGCUGUGGUGGAGCCCUACAACUCCAUCCUGACCACCCACACCACCCUGGAGCACUCCGACUGUGCCUUCAUGGUCGACAACGAGGCCAUUUAUGACAUCUGCCGCAGGAACCUCGAUAUCGAGCGCCCCACCUACACCAACCUCAACAGGCUCAUCAGCCAGAUUGUGUCCUCUAUCACAGCCUCCCUCCGGUUCGAUGGUGCCCUCAAUGUUGAUCUGACCGAGUUCCAGACCAACUUGGUGCCCUACCCUCGUAUCCACUUCCCACUGGCCACCUAUGCCCCUGUUAUCUCUGCAGAGAAAGCCUACCAUGAGCAGUUGACUGUGGCUGAGAUCACCAAUGCCUGCUUUGAGCCGGCCAACCAGAUGGUGAAAUGUGACCCCCGCCACGGCAAGUACAUGGCCUGCUGCCUGCUGUACCGUGGUGAUGUGGUGCCCAAAGAUGUCAAUGCUGCCAUCGCCACCAUCAAGACCAAGCGCACCAUCCAGUUUGUGGACUGGUGCCCCACUGGUUUCAAGGUUGGUAUCAACUACCAGCCUCCCACUGUGGUGCCUGGUGGAGACCUGGCCAAGGUGCAGAGGGCAGUGUGCAUGCUGAGCAACACCACUGCUGUUGCUGAGGCCUGGGCCCGCCUGGACCACAAGUUUGACCUGAUGUACGCCAAGCGCGCCUUCGUGCACUGGUACGUGGGUGAGGGCAUGGAGGAGGGUGAGUUCUCUGAGGCCAGAGAGGACAUGGCAGCCCUGGAGAAGGAUUAUGAAGAGGUUGGAGCUGACAGCGUAGAGGGAGAGGAUGAAGGAGAAGAAUAUUGAGUCUUGCAACUAAAUGUAGCUUUCAGAAACUGUCUUCCAAAACUGUUUUCUGAACUUAAACUUUCAGCCUUUAAUUUUUUCUAUCCCUGUGAAACUUUUAAAGCUGUUUUGAGCACUUUUGUUGCAAUAAAUGUGAAUCUUAUUUAACAUGUG